AUGGGUGGAGUCUGGAAUCAUAACCGCAGAGGCCUGAGAGAACAAGUACAUCUGGCUGCAGAAAAUCAUACCAAUGGGACUGAAGAAAUCCAACCCGCAGAUCAAGAUACAGAAGUGGCAGAUGUGGAAACCCAGUUUGACACAGAGAUUUUGAAAAGAGAGACAGACUUCGACUCACAACCUAUUUACCAAGAGCCAGAUACUGACUCGGAGGGUCUAGAGAGUACACCUGAGCCCACAAAGGUACAGGAAGGAGAGCCUGGAGUAAAUGUUCAGAGACAAUGUCCAGAGAUUGACAUGUUAUGGACAAAACCGCACAAUGAACUGGUUGUAGCCAUUGUGAAGUCUGAAGAUCAGAAUCUGGAGUUCCUGUUACAUCACAAGGAGUUCCUGACACUGAAGCCGCAUGACUGGUUAUUUGGAGAGAUGGCCAAGCAGGUGGUGGAACACUUUCCAAAAAUUCCUGAGAGCAUCAACAUAAUACCCAGCAAAGAGGAGAUAGAACACAUCUCCUAUCAGGUUAAUAAAAUGGACUCAAUCUAUGAAAAUUCACUUUACCUACAUUCAGCAACUGAUUCAGUUGGCAAAAGAUCUGAAAACAAUGGUAACCCCACUCAAAAGCAAGAAAAACAGAGAGAAGACCCUUCCUCCAAGUGGAGUAAAUUUUUUCUGAUAAUUCUCUGUGUCUCGCUUGCUUUCGCUCUUGGAGGCAUCUGUGCUCUCUGGAUACUUUAUAUUAAUAAGAUUGCAGAUUUUGAAUCACUGAAUGAACAGCACAUUAUGGUUUCGAAGAAACUGUUGGCUCAAGAGAAAAACAGCACAAUCAUGAUGAAAGAGCUUGAGGAACUUAAAUCCAACUACAGUGAAGUUAAAGAACAGCUCCUCUUUAAUGCUGCUCAGGGUUGCAAUAUCUCAUUGGGUGGCUGGAUAUCUUGUCUUGGAAAGCUAUAUUUCUUCAGCUCUGGUAAACUUAACUGGUCAAACAGCAAGGAUGACUGUGUUUCAAAAGGAGCUAACCUAGUCACCAUUACCAGUAAACAAGAACAGGAAUUCCUGGCCUCGAAAAUUAACGUGACUCACUGGAUUGGUCUUAAUGAUCUGGACACUGAGGGACGCUGGGUCUGGGUGAAUAACCAAACUCUAGAUACACAAGUACAGUUCUGGUUCAGUGUGGGGCAAAGAGAACCUGAUAACUGGAAGAAAGAUGAUCCUUUAGGAGAGAACUGUGCAAGUCUGGGAGAUGAGAACGGCAAUUAUAACACUUGGUUUGAUGCUUCUUGCAAAAAACAUAAAAGGUGUAUUAAAAGUCUGUAUUCUGGGAGGUUUAUUCAACCCAGGACAACUCACAUCAACAGCAAAGAUCUUACCGUUGGACCAACACAUUGA